AUGUCGGCAGCAGAACAGGAUCUGGCGAAAGUGCUGGAGCACUUGCUAGCCCACUCCGCGGCAGAAGAGGUGGGUGGAGUACUGGAACGGUUGGGAAGAGGCUACUCUGUGCCUGAAAACUUCGGCCCAAUCGACCCAGAAUCAGAAGAGCCAGCUACAGAAGAUCAAAAGCAAUGUCCUCCAUUGGAACUGCUAAACUCGGAAGGGGCGGCAGCUAUAUACACGCCACUGAAAGAGGGUGAGAUAAGGCUGGUGAGACUACAUCCCGAGACUGAUGAAUGCCCCAUUCAGUGCUCCCUCUUGAACGUUAAGAAAUCAGCUGGAUCGGAAUACGUUGCCAUAUCUUAUGUCUGCAAGGGGGGUCAAAGUGACCCAAGGACAAUCCAUCUCAAUGGGACUCCAUGGAAGAUUACUCAAAACCUGGAGUCAGCCUUGCUCCACCUUCGAGAUCGCUCGCGAAACGUUCUAUUAUGGGUAGAUGCUCUCGCUAUCAACCAAAACAACAUCCAAGAGCGGAACAACCAAGUUUCGAUUAUGCAGAGGAUAUACUCCGGUGCCGAGCGGACUAUUAUCUGGUUGACUCCCUUUGAUGACCCGCUGGUUGCACUCUAUAUCAACCUGGCAAACCUUAUCGCAUCGAACAAGCUCCUGAUUGAUCAGGUCCACCUCGAGGAAGUUCCGCUCUGGGUAUUGAGUUGCACUCUGAGUAUCUCCAAUCUCAGUUACUGGCGCAGAGUUUGGGUUACGCAGGAGGUGAUGUUCUCUCACGAUGUGACUAUUCGCUAUGGAGCACGUGCAAUAGAGUAUCACGCUUUUUCGGACCUCUGGUCUCGUUUAUGUGAGAAAUUCAAAUACCUCCCUACACGUCUGAACAACCCCACCUCGACUCUCUUAACGAGAGUUGCGGAGAUCUCAGCGAGAAUGAUGCGCUUUGGGCCCAACGCACUUCCUCAAGCCGGCUCAGCUCUAGAAGGGAAAUAUAUAUCCUUAUAUGACUGGCAGAACUUCAUACCCUGGAAACAUGCGAGUGAUCUCCGGGACACUGUGUUCGCCUAUCACGGAUGCUUUCCACCCGCAGUACGCUCACUGAUAGCAGUGGACUACUAUAAACCUGUAGAAGAGAUAUGGACGCGUAUGACCCGAAUUUUUAUCGAGGAGUCAAAGAGCCUAGAUAUCAUCUUAAAAAUUUGCGACAAAACACUCUCACUGCCAUCUUGGGUCCCCCACUGGGCUACGGCUCGCAGGUCAUCGCCCGCGACCCAAAAAGACAUCUGCGCCAGUGGGCAGUUACCAGCUUUUUACCACUUCCUGGAUCUAACGGAUAUCUUACAUUUGCAUGGGGUAGCUAUUGGGAUCGUCGAGUCCGUAGCAUCGUUCGGCAUUGAGUCGGUUGCGUUUACCGAAUUAGACAGGAUGAGCCGCGCGUCUGAAGUUCCCGGGUCCAAAAUCAAGGAAUACGUGGACUUCCUCUGCCGUGAUUUCAACAUUCAUGAAGACAGUGCGGCAAAGGACGACCUCAUUGCGGCUGUG